AUGGCAACAUCGCAACAAAAAAUAUUUCUUGUUAUUCAUAUCAAAAAUAAGCUUAGAGGUAGGGCAGCACAACUUGUGAGUUCCAGAGACCCACAAACCUACCCUGACAUUAAACAAUUAUUAAAUUUGCAUUUUGGCGAUUCAAGAGAUUUCACAUCUCUUAUACAAGACCUCAAACGCCUUAAGCAACUAUCUGGAGAGUCUCCUUUAACAUUUUUCAAUCGUCUACAAGCAUUAAACGCGAAAUUACAUUCAAGUAUUCAAAAAUCUGGAUUAAACAAAGAUGAAAAGGAUGCACAAACAAUUUUAAUAGAAACAAUGGCUUUAAACACUUUGUUAACUGGUUUAGAACCUAGACUAGGACAAUUAAUUCGUGCUAGUAAUCCGACAUCUCUUGUAGAAGCUCAAAAUAGAAUCAGAAGAGAGUUACAACUCUCAUACCUUGAAAAUCAAAAAUCGAGUAAUAAUCCUAAACCUAUCCAACCUUUAAGAAAUAUUCCUAACAAUGUGAAAUGUUCUGUUUGUAAUCGCAUUGGUCAUAGUUCUAACCAAUGUAGAAAUAACAAUAAUUCUUAUAGACCUAAUAUUAACCAAAAUUUAAAUUCAAAUUUUUCAAGGCCUAAUACAAAUUCUUUUCAACAAAAUUGA